AGCGAUUAGGAGGAGCAGGAAAUACCGGUUAGCAGCUUUCCUUUUCUCUCGCGCUUCCUGGGUUGUCGAACCUCCCACGGCGGUCACCCUCGCUACUCGCUGCCCUGCACACACCAUUCAAAUCCGUGACCUGCACCUGCCGCCACCUGCCCAGCCCCUACAUGCGUGUACAAGGACUGCUUUACAGAUAUGACACCCCAAAGGAAAAUUCACCUGCUGCGCUUGGUCGUCCUGUUUAUCUUGGCAGUGGCUCUGAUCAAAUAUUUCCGCAGGCCUCGUCCUCCUCAGGUGAUACAGGCCGUCAAAGCACAUAAAAGCGAAGAAUUUUUCUGGGGGGCCGCGAAGGCCAGUUCUGAGAAUGAAAAUCGGGAUCUUCCCCCGGAGCCCCCGAAAGAAGAGAAAGUUGAGGUCAGCGUAAAAACCCAACAGAACGGCGGGCAACUUCCUCGCAAAGAUUUCAGCAACGUUCAGAUGAAGUUGGUGCACUUGGAUCUUAAAGGAGCCGCCCCGAAGCUCUCUUACUUUGAGCAGAUAUUUCCUCUCCUUUCCAAACUGGGAGCCAACGGCUUGCUGAUUGAAUAUGAAGACAUGUUCCCUUUCACUGGAGAGUUAGAAGUCCUGAGGUCUCCACAUGCUUACAGUGAGAGCGAUAUCAAGAAUAUUUUACAUUUAGCUGAAAUUAACAAACUAGAAGUGGUGCCUCUGGUUCAGACCUUUGGACACAUGGAGUUUGUUCUGAAGCACGAUAAGUUCAGAGGUUUGAGGGAGAUGGAGCAGUACCCCAACAGCCUGAACCCCCACAACGCAGACUCCUUACCUCUCGUGAAGAUGAUCCUGUCCCAGGUCCUAGACCAGCACCCAACGUCUAGCUGGAUCCACAUCGGUGCUGAUGAGGUCUAUCACCUCGGGGAAGGGCAGGAUUCCAAGGCUUGGCUCAACAGCAACAAGGGGGACUUGGGCAAGAUGUUCCUCACCUACAUCCAGGAGGUGGUGGCUUUCCUCCAUAGCAAGUACCCCGAUAAACAGCAGCUCAUGUGGGAUGACAUGCUUCGCAAGCUCAGCGUUGCCAGCAUUCAGGGCUCCGGAAUCAGCCAGCAUGUGUCCCCGGUCCUGUGGAUCUAUAGCCCACAUCUAAAUAUUGAACAAACAGAAACUCUUAUCUCCAAGUACCAAGAAAGCGGCUUUAAAUCCAUCUGGUUUGCGAGUGCCUUCAAAGGAGCGUCCACCGCGGACCAGAUGUGGACCCCGAUGUCUCUGCACGUGAAGAAUCACCAGCAGUGGAAGACGGUUAUCGACUCAAUGAAGUCCAAGUUCACCAGGAUCCGCUACGCGGGAAUAGCUUUGACUGGUUGGCAAAGGUACGAUCAUUAUUCGGUCCUGUGUGAGCUGCUGCCUGUGAGUAUCCCUUCCCUGGCCGUGUGCUUAGAGGUCCUUCAGCACGGAGACUUUAAUGAGAAAGUAAGGAAGGAAACAGCCAGUCUCCUGGGAUUUAAAGCCAUCGACAUCGAGACCAACACUUGCGAUGGGAACGGCGCGUUUCCCGGAGCUGAGAUUUAUAGUCUGGUGCAGAAAAUCCAUAAAGACUUGAAACAAAAAGUCCAGGAGCUCCUGGAGGGAGACGAAGAGAUCAGAGGCUGGUUUUCGCGUUACCAUCGGAAACAUCGUUUUGGAAAUCCACACAAAAUGGAGAAAUUCAGUUCCAAAUUGUUGAAGGCUCACGAGGAGUGGGAAUCGCUGACUCAGUCUUUGCGCACCCAGCUGGAGUCCAUUUACUUCCCCGACACCGUGGAGGAAUGGAUGGAGGAGAACGUGAACCCUCACCUGGACCUGUUACGAGAGGUGGUCAGAGACUUCCAGGAGAUCCUGAAGCUCAACGCCCAACCCAAGGCGCAGUCCAAGAAGUGAUGAGCGCCGGCUCGGCCCAGGCUUUCAUAAACCGAUGAACUCGCCAAAUAUAAACUCUGGAUUCGUUGAUAAGAGACAGGGAAGGGU